AAGGAACAGCAAGUGGAGAGGAAACAUCACAUUUCCCCAGGAUGUCUGUGAAAUGUGUUUCAAUUCUGCUGCUGCUGCUGCAGCUGAGUUGCUGCUUCAGCUCUGGGAGCUGUGGGAAGGUGCUGGUGUGGCCUAUGGAAUUCAGUCACUGGAUGAAUAUGAAGACAAUCCUGGAUGCACUUGUCCUGCAAGGUCAUGAAGUAACUGUUCUGAGAUCUUCUGCUUCUAUUUUAGUUAAUAGCAAUGAUGAAUCAGGAAUUCACUUUGAAACUUUUCCUACAACUUCCACUAAAGAUGAAAUGGAAGCAUUUUUCGCAUAUUGGCUUAAUAAGAUGAUAAAUGACUUGUCAAUAGAUGCACUUUGGGAAUAUUUUCAAACAUGGCAAAAAUUUUUCAUGGAAUAUUCUGAUAAUUAUGAAAAUAUCUGCAAAGACUUGGUUUUGAACAAGAAAAUCAUGACGAAGCUACAGGAAUCAAGGUUUGAUGUUGUUCUUGCAGACCCAAUUGCUCCCUGUGGUGAGCUGCUGGCUGAGCUACUGAACACACGCCUUGUGUACAGUGUACGCUUCACUCCUGGCUACACCUAUGAGAAGUAUAGUGGAGGACUUCUAUUUCCUCCUUCCUAUGUGCCUGUUAUUAUGUCAGAUUUAUCUGGACAAUUUACAUUCAUGGAGAGGGUAAAAAACAUGCUAUUUAUGCUUUAUUUUGACUUUUGGUUCCAAACCUUUAAUGUGAAGAGGUGGGAUCAGUUUUGCAGUGAAGUUCUAGGAAGACCAGUUACAUUCUCUAAGCUAGUGGGGAAAGCUGACAUAUGGCUCAUUCGAAGCUAUUGGGAUUUGGAGUUUCCUCGCCCACUCUUGCCAAACUCUUAUUUUGUUGGAGGGCUUCACUGCAAACCCACACAACCUCUACCCAAGGAAAUGGAAGACUUUGUGCAGAGCUCUGGAGAAGAGGGAGUGGUGGUGUUUUCCCUGGGGUCUAUGGUCAGUAACCUGACAGAAGAAAGGGCCAAUGUGAUCGCAUCAGCCCUCGCCCAGCUGCCACAGAAGGUUCUUUGGAAAUUUGAUGGCAAGAAACCAGAUAACUUAGGAACAAAUACACAACUUUAUAAGUGGAUACCCCAGAAUGACCUUCUUGGGCAUCCAAAAACCAAAGCUUUUGUAACUCAUGGUGGAGCCAACGGAGUGUUUGAAGCGAUCUAUCAUGGCAUCCCAAUGGUGGGCCUUCCUUUGUUUGCAGACCAAUAUGAUAACAUUGCCUACAUGAGGGCCAAGGGAGCAGCUAUUAGAUUGGACUGGAAAACAAUGUCAAGUUCAGAUUUCCUCAAUGCCUUGAAGACAGUCAUUAAUGAUCCUUCCUAUAAAGAGAAAGCUAUGAUGUUAUCAAGAAUUCACCAUGAUCAGCCCAUGAAGCCUCUGGAUCAAGCAGUCUUCUGGAUUGAGUUUGUCAUGCGCCACAAAGGAGCCAAACACCUUCGGGUUGCAGCCCAUGAUCUCACCUGGUUCCAAUAUCACUCCUUGGAUGUGAUUGGGUUCCUACUGGCUUGUCUGACAAUCACUACUUACCUUGUUAUAAAAUGUUGGUUGUUUGUUUAUCAAAAUAUUCUUAUGACAGGAAAGAAGAAUAAGCGAGAUUAGUGUUCUUUCAGACCUAGGGCUAGCAUCCCUGAUACAUGAGAUGAUGCCAUUAAUUGAACCACUAAGGAUGUCAAGAUUGUAAACAUUAGAGAACUCACAACUAUAAUUUCAGCUAUCCUCAGAUAAUUUUAUCCUAAUGUUAAACAUUAUAUCUAUCAUAAUAACUGAAAAAAUGACAUUAUUAAAAUAACAACUGCAUUUCAUUCCCAGGACAGAUGCCUCCCUUUCUCUUUUUCUGGGAAGGGUUCUACCACAGCUUUAAUCAUAUCAGUUAGAAUCAAAUUUAAUUAACAGAAAGAGACCUCUGCCACAGCAUUGUUGGCAGAUAAUUUUAAAUAAUCUCAUUAUAAAAUAAAUUUCAAGCAUUGCAAUAUUCUUUGAGCAUUUGCUUCCUCAAGAUUGAUUCUGGCAGCUUUCCAAUGUUUCAGUCAAAAAUUGUAAAUACAGGUACUCUAAGUGAUCAUAUGCAAAUGAUAUCACAGCUUUUUUCUUACUGCUACUGUUACAGUCUUGUGUAUAUGAAAUAUGCUACUCAAAGACAUAAAUUAGCAAGCACUAAAAAGGUAGUUACAAAAAUUUUAAAAAUCUUCAUUCUGAAAAUAAUAAAUGAAGUUUAGACCCUCUAUGGAAGAAUAAUUGUGUAAAUAAGAUUUUUCAAUUAAUAUUUAUGUAGAAUGCCAUGUUUUUAAUGGAUAAGCAUUAUAAAUAUUAUAUAUUUACAUAUUUAAUAUAUAAUACAAACAAGUUAUUAAAUAAUGUUUAUAUUUUUAAAUUUUCUUUUGCCUAAUCUCAUCAUUAAGCCAAUUGACAUGGACAAAUGUUUACAGGAUAUAGAAAGCUAUUUUGAGAGAAAUACAUGGAGAUUGGUCAUUCUAUCCUUUGAUUAGUUCCACAAUGCUGGAAAAAGCCUCGGAUUGCCCAAGCCAAAGCCAGGAGUCUGGAACUCAAUAUAGUAUUCCAUUUGGGAGACAAAGACCCAAGUGCUUUAGUCGUUACCUACUGCCUCUCAAGGAGCAUGUACAUUAGCAGGGAGCUGUAGAAGAAGUGAAUUAGGACUCAAAACAGAAUUCCAAUACAGCAUGUGUAUUUCCAAGAGGCAUCUUAAUUGCUGCACCACACACAAAGUGUGGUCUUAAUUCUUAAAUCCCGUCACAGCACAUUUUACAGUGAGAAAAUCUUAGUCACUUGUGUUUAGAUCUGUGUCUCAUCUGGAUUCCUACCAAAACACACAUUUUUUAAUAGUUUCUUCAAGUUCCCUCAUCUGCUAAUAACUGCGUGGAUUUGAAUUUUUUCAUUUUUCUAUUGAAUGGACCCAUGUGUGUGUUAUAGACAGAACUCGGAAAGGCUUAAGUCAUUUGGUGAGUCUACUCCAACUACAACACUAAAAAGAAUUUUAAAUUUGGAAUAUUGGGUAUAGUUUAUUUGUUUUUAAACAAUGAUCUUUUAAUUCCAUCUUAUUAUAUUUAUAUUUGUAUCAUAUAACUAUUUGAAAAUUUGUUGGCAUUUAAUCUUUGAAAUUCCUGAGGUAAGUUUUAUAAAAUAUUUAAUAUGCACUUGAAAAUCAUAGGUAUACUCUCAGAUAUGAGAAUCCUUUAAAAGUUUCAUGGAAAAUAAAAAUAAAAAAAUAAACUAUAAAUUUUCUUUUUCAAAAUAUUCUCCAGCAAUUGAAAAUGCCAGUCAUGUAGUCCAUCUAAAUAAACUUAUGUUCUUGGUGAA